UCUUUUGACGCUCUCUCAGACAGUGCCACUCCUGAAGGCAGAUUUUUGCUGUUCUCUAGAAAAUAUGAUACACAUAGCACCAAAGAACAAACAUCUUCCAUUAUUAAACUUUGCUCCUCAGUGAUAGCUCUUAAUUUAUUUGAUGUCACAAAUCUUCCACACCAUGUAAGUCCUGCAUUUGUUUGUGUCUGGAAGAGACAUGAAUUCUUUGACAGCAGGUAACCUUUGGAUUGCUGGCUCUGCCCUUUUUGUGGUUCUUAUCACUUGGACAUGUUCUCCAUUAUGAAUUUAGGUAUGUAAGUGCAAAUCAUUUCAGAGUAUGCCUUUCCAGAGUACGAGCAAAGUUGCAUGUACAGACUUUGCAUGUCACGAUUCCUUUAGUGAGCUCUUCAGUUUUUUUAUAUACCUAAUGUGGAUUAUGUUAAAUAUGGAUUAUGUGUUCCAUGUAUGUUGUGCAACAAUUCAAAAUUUCUUAUAAGACACGACCAAGAACUGUUCUCCUUUUUGUGGUUUGCAAUAUUUUUGUAUUUAUGCACAAAAAAAAACAACAAAGCCAUCAAACUGGAAUUUUCCUAUCUUGAGCUAUCACAGUGUUAUGACAACAAAUGAUAAAGGUUUCAAUGUAGAUUGAAAGUGAUGGAUGAUCUGCACUUGGCAGAGUCUGCUGCCACCUGGGGCACCAGGUGAAUGCACGUCUAUUUUAUUUGCCUCUCCCUGAGUUUUCCCCUGUCUGGUUGAUUCUCCCCCUGUGUACAGACAUGUCCAUAUUUGGCCAGUGUCCCGCACAAGACGACUUCUACCUGGUGAUGUGCAGCCACUGUGGUCAGGUUGUCAAACCACAAGCCUUCCAAGCACACUACGAGAGGAGACACAGUUCGGCCAGCAAGCCAGCCUCCACCUCGCCCUUCCCCGUGUCAGGCAGGAACCGGAGCAGUGGCAGCGGGCUUGGGCUUGGGCCUGGGCUGGGCUCGGGGUCUGUAGCUGCAGUGACAAGUGGAGGCAUCCUUGGCCGACCUUCCGCUGCUAGCUCCAGUUUAUCCUCCUCUACAUCAUCCUCCUCCAAUCCCAAACUCCUCAAACCAGCCAAAGAAAAGCUGCCAGGCGUUCAGCAAAGAUCCUCCUAUGCCCCCUUCAGGUCGCUCCAGCCUGAUAAGAUCCUCACCCCGGCUGUCAAGGUGGAGAAGAUGCAUCUGAAGGUGGACUCGUCAGCUAAGCUGGUGCAGGCUUCAUCUGCCCCCGCCACCACCUCAUCCUCCUCUACAUCCUCCUCUAGCACCACUGUGAGCUCCAACACUACCGCCAUCACGACCUCCUCCUCCUCAUCAGCCCUUAAAGCAGGCCUUAACUGUCCCUCCAUACCAAAGCCUCCAUUACUGGCCCCAGGUCAGAUUCUCAACGGCAAGGGCCACCUCUCUGUCCUCUCGGACAAGAAGCAGGACAGCAGCAGCAGUGCCAGUAGCAGACGUCACCUUAACAAGAAAGUCACAGAACGUGAAUUCAAUCCAGAUAUCCACUGUGGCGUUGUGGAUAUGACAGCUCGGAAACCCUGCACAAGAUCCCUAACAUGCAAGACACAUUCCUUAAGCCAGCGGAGGGCUGUGCCAGGGCGAAGGAAGCGCUUUGACACAUUGCUGGCAGAGCACAAGAACAGAGCAAGGGAGAGGGAGCGAGACCUCCACCAACCCCAUUCCCAGCCAAGCCCCCUUCUCAGGGACCCACACCCCUCCUCUCACCUCGCCCCUGGCCAUGAUGCCCACCAGGUGGCUCAUGGCAAUGGACCCGCCCCAGAUGCCACUAAGCCUUCGCUACUUGGAAAGCCCAAAUUUCACAGCCCUGGUCUUCCACGACUAAACAGCAGUCACGGAGGGGGUACUUCCGGAGACCCUGCAGUAGUCCACGAGUCACUACACCAUCCCCAAGCUACCCCUGAUGGUUUUUCCAGACCCUCUAGUGACGAGGGAGAGAACGAGGAGCGAGAGGACAAUGCUGACAAACUGGACUGUCACUAUUCAGGUUAUCACCCACGACCGGCAGCUUACUGUACCUUUGGAAGUCGACUGUUUGGGAGAGGCUGCUACUCCUUUGACCGGCGAUGGGACAGAGUGCGAUGUGCCCUAACCACGAUGAUGGACAAGCAUGUCAACUCUCAGAUGUGGAAGAAAAUCCCCUUGGCCUUGGAGAACUCCUCCUCUGUUGCACCUACCCAUAGGACAAGCACAAAUUCCCACGGUAGCACUCCCUCUUCAGGCUUCCUGGGCCCCCCUGCCACCUUGCCCCAGGCUCCUUAUAGCCAAUCCUACGAGGGCAAGUCAGUGCUCUCCUAUGGGACCACCUUAAAUGCCCGCAGUUCCCCGCAGGGCGGGGCUGAGCACCCGGCCUAUGGCACCACGCAGGCCCGACAAGUGUCUUCGUCGCCGCAGAUGCCUUCAGCCCACUUGUCCUCAUCCUCUUCUUCUUCAGCUCCUUCCCUAGCCUCAGGCCGGGCGUUUAAGUCCCGUUCCUCCAGCAGCAGCACUACCAAGUCAUCAUCGUCCUUCAGGCCCAAGGAGAUCUCAUCUGGUUCCUCCACACCCGUCAUCCCCAACUCCAUUAGUGGAGGAAGCAGCGGAGCUAACAGUAACAGUAGCAACACUAGCUUCAGCUCGGGGAAGAAGAGGAAAAACAGCUCUAUCCUCUCUUCAUCCCAUGGCUCCUCUGACUCCUCCUCUGCUAAUUCCAACUUUUCUUCCUCUUCCUCCUCCUCCUCCUCGUCUUUCAAGAAGAACUGUGCAAAUGUCGGCAGCUCAGGGAGCACCUACCACCACAGCUCAUUAGGUCCGCCAGCCUCAUCGUCAUUAUCCUCCUCCCACAGUGGAGUCCACAGCGUGGGGCUUAACUGUGGCCGUACUGUGCGGACCAAUUCACUUAGCCUCAAGGCCGAACCUUCUGGAGGUUCAGCAGGCGGCUCCUCUGGGCCACCUGCACGAGGUCCUCCCUCGGGCAGCCCUGCAGAGUCCAUCAAGCGUAUGAGUGUGGUGAUGAACAGCAGUGACUCAACUCUUUCCCUGGGGCCUUUUGUCCACCACCAGCCCUCAUCCUCAUCUGACCACCACACCAGCUUUAGCCACCACUCCUCAGACGGACGCCUGGAAGGCAAGAAGCGCAAAAGCUCCUCUGCCUCCAGUGGUAUUAAUAGUGGAGGUGGUGGAGGGGGGCUUGGAGGAGGAGGAGGGGGACCUGGACCAGGUCGACCCAAAGUGGCCAAGUCGCCUGCUAUUAACAACAUCCAUGGGAAGCAUGGGCGGAGCAUUCCAGGGACGCCGGGUCUACCGAACAACUCCCAUUUACAUCAGCCAAAGGCUCGUCCCUGACAGCGGUGUCCGGCUUCAGUGUAUGAAACUGGCAGGCGGGCGGGGAAAAGUCCGGAGCGGUCCGCGUACUGCUCUGGACUGCACGAGGCCUUCUAAAAUCAAACCCACAUACUCAGCUUCCCACAAUCCUCAGGGUGGAGAUGAUCUGGACUGCCCAGUGAAGUAGAUGUGGUCCUUACUAUUUCUCCCAAAGCCAUGUGUGUGGGGGUGGGGGGUGGUGGGUGGGUGGUGGGAGGGCAGGGGCACUGAACGGGGACAGCGUGGAGCACCAGGGGUCUAAAUGAGCGAGCCAAGGAUCCCCCCCUCCCACGCAAGUGUUGUCCCAGUAAUCUGAGAGGUCUUCCUGUCUGUUCGGAGGUAGGAGCAACUAAUUGCAACAGCCAUGGGUCUCUUGUCCUGUGGUAAAAAGAGCUCAUUGGGUUCAGGUUAAGGGCUGCUGCAACAAGCCGUCGUGACGCUGAGCAACUGGGGAGACAACAAGCCGAUCUCUUCCGCGUUUGUUAAAGAAUGAGUGUGUGAAUGUGCGCGUGUGUACAAGUGUUUUUUUUCAUGUCAGAUUCUGCUGGACUACUGGAAUUUCCAACUUAAUUACACCCCCAGCGCCUGAUCUCAGAAGCCUUUGCAAGGAGAGCAGGAGGAGGAGCAAACCGAUACUUGCAACACCUUAAAACAACACACAAUCACUUUGUUGUUUCACUUUUUUUUCCGUCAGUCUUGACUCUCUCUGGUGACACGUCGAGUAACUCGGGGUUACACGCUGUAGCCUGAGACAAGCCCGUAGGGAUGAUCUGGUCAAUUCUUUUAUUACCCGGAAAUAUUAUGCAAGUGUUACCUUUUUAUGAUUUCUUAUGAGCUUUUUACACUGAACUACAAAGAGUCUUUGUAGACUUGGUGAAGAUGGUUGUGCUUUUAAAUGUGAAAAGGACACCUGAUGUGCCCAUUCGAUUGAAUCUUUUGACAGAGAGAUAGCUUGGUCUUGAGAACACCUGUUAAUUUUCUGAAUCUUUUCAUUGUGCAAAAAUGAUAGCCACAGUAGACCUACCCCCAACUGUGAACAGCACUAAAUAACUACUUUCUCCACAGGCACUGCUUUAGUUGUCCACAAAGCUAGCCAAAAGCUGCUAUCAGCUUUGCCAACUACUAGUUUUUUUUUGUUUGUUUGUUUUUAAAAGGUAAAAGAUGGGCAGUCCUGCUCAUGAAGCGGUGACCGUGCAUUGUGGAUAUGAAGAAAAUCUGUGCAAGCUGUAUUGUUAUAGCCACAACUUACCUACUUUUAACCCAAUACAGCUGUGUGAAAUCCACAGCUGCAUGUGGGCAGAUGUGAAUUGUAAUGUUUUCUUUUUCCUGCAUCGGGAAUCAGGUAUGGUACGUCUUAACUGGAGCAAACUUGCACGUCACCUGUCUUCUGUGGGUAUGAUUGUCCCUCCUGUGUGUAACCACUACCCAAGCGCUGGAUGUUCAAGUUUCAAUGCCUCACCGUAACACUAUGUUGUUGUGUGUUAAGAGAUUUGUCACAGUAGCCAGGCAUUAUACUCUAUUCCUUUUGUCAAAGCGGAGUCUUAAAUCAGGCAAUACUUGCCCAUCUGGUUGGGAUGUUUGCUUAUUAGCGGUCUCGGGUCGAGUUUUAUGGUGCGAGAUUCAUGGAGAUGGCUUCACGGGACAUAUUCGAAACUUUUGGCAACACCUGUUGAUUUAUGGAACCUCCACUGAUGUCAGAUAGUGUGGAAAGGUAGAGGAGGCAAUUUAAAAAAAAAGAAAAAAAGAAUCUUAAUUUAGCUUUUGUUUCCUUGUAGCCUAUGUAUCAAAACAAGUAUUGAAGUAUCCCUAUUUGAGAAUACAUAUUUUGUUAACAAAUUGUACAUAGUAAAAUAUGUAUUUUUGCACAGGCAAUUUUUCGUACACGCUGAAUUUUUGGUACAAUUUUGAAAAUUAUUAUUUAUUUAGUAAAAAAGGAAAAAGGAAAAAAAAAAAAAAGUCAAGAGAACAUGACUAUUUGAAGUGGUUCACUGCCAAGUCUAUAUAAUGCAAUACGCCUAUAUGUAAAAGCUGAAGCAUCUCAUGAAUCAUGUACUGAGAUCCUUUAAGGAAGUGUUGCCACUGUAGCAUGUGUCUGAAUGACAGAGGAUACCUUUAUUCACCUAAGGUCUCAAUCACAUGUGCUUUUACAAGACAUUUUAUGUUGCCUAUGAAUCAACACGACAAAAAAGAAAAAAAACAAAAAAAAUAAUUUUACUCUGUGACCCAGUUAGCCUGUGAUUUUGAAAUGUCAUGCAGGCUUCAAGCUGUGCCCGUCGUCAAACCAGUUUCCAUGGACUCUUCAGUCGUACGCUUUGUAGACCUUAACCACAUUUCACGAUUGAAACACUUAUGUUCUUUUAUAAAGGCUGAAGGGACUUAAGCAAUCAUUGCAAGAAAGAGGAACACUUCAAACAGUCCAACUGCUUGCAUCGUCGUUGCCAAACAAGUAAUUUGAAUCACAGCUUUUAAAGAAUGAGUUUAGCAGCUUUUAAAAGAAAUAUCAAAAUAAGAAAGUGCCUGAAUUUGUUUCACCCUGACUGUUUGAGGACAGUAUUCUUUGGGUUGUUUUACCUUACUUGAAUGUUCAAAGUAUUUAGGAGUUUAGUUUUAAAUCUGCCUAUGAACCCGAAAUGUGGUAAAACCUGAGCUCGUCAGCUGCCCAGUAUGAAACACUUAAAUGUUGUUGUUUUUUUUUUCCUCGAACUUUCCAGACAAGACGUUGAAAUAUUGUUAGCCUCAGUGUGUGGCUUUGGCCUCCUCUGGUUUACUGGGAUUUUUAUGUAGAAACUUCAAGUGUUUUUGUUUACCCUUCAAACUCCACUGACAUCUUGACUUUGUUUCCAGUACAUGGGAACAUUACGAGGAUGUUUUCUUUAUUAGUACCAUAGACUUGGAAUGUGAAAGUGAGAGAGAAUACAGCUCGUGUCUGGGAAGAAAAAAAAAAAAACAAAUCCACCAUUCAUACGAUGUAAAA